GACGACUAGCCUGCACGCCUGCACUAUAUCUGUUGUUUAUACAGAUGAUUGUCCUCUUGAAAUAUAUUUUGUCAACCCAAGUACCGCUUUACAUUAAAGAUGCUUUUUACUGUAACGGCUGUACUAUUUAGUCUGUUGGCUUACGAAGCUGUUGUUGGGUGUAAAACUUCAAAGACGUCUUCAAAGACGUCUACACGUUUUUUGUGGUUAUCAGAGUGUAGAACAAAAGGCGAUGAGUUCGUCUCGGGUUUCAAUAGAAGAAGUUGGAAAAACAAUCCCUUUGAAAUCUUAGAAAAUGCUGAAUGCAGCACUCGAAACUGGCCUUGGAAAAACUCCACAACUCAAACUGUGUACGCUGAUUGGUCAAUUUUAAAAAGCGACCGCUCCUGGGCGAAUUGUCCAGCGGGUUAUUUCCUAUCCAAUAUGAAAGGCCAAAAAAAUAGCAAUGGCCAUUUACAUAAUAUUGAACAAGGAAUAUGCUCCAAGCCCGCAGACCACCCGCCAUACUACGGACACUGUGAGCACGUGAUUAUCUCUGAUUGCUCUAAAAACAAUUACUUAUGUAGAUGUAACAACGACUACUACGUCGCUGGUAUAUAUCGCGGUACUUAUAAUAAACUCUACUGUCUAGAGAAACUGCGGUGCUGCAAGACUGCAGGGGGAACUGAAGAACUAGACGAGCUGUACAAGGUGAAGACUCGCAUCAUGGACACUACGAUGUCGGACAUGGCUAAUCUGGCUCAUUAUAUGGGCUACGGCUGGUGCUCGGGUUGUAGAGCAGAGUAUGUUGGAGAAGAUUUUAGAAGAAGUGGCGACAUUUGGAAAGCUGAUACAAGUGGACGGUGUGAGGGCGUCAAGAGUUAUGAACGUCUAAAGAUGGCCUAUGGUGACUGGAGCUUUGGGAUAAAGGACAUCAAGUAUGGAACACCUGUGAUACAAGACUUAACUCCCGAAACGAUAGACUUUGGUACCAUAUAUAACAAUGACCCGACUGAUGCCACAAAAAUUAUGACGAGAUAUGAGACCAGUGUCCGUAGCGUCACCCACACCACAACAAGUUCUUGGAAAAACAGCGACGAACUGAAUGUCCAGGUGAGCUACACACCACCUUCAGCAACAGGAGGUGUCGGAGUGUCUGUCGGCUACAAGUUCAACUACGAGACCAGCACCACAACUUCUGAUGAGACCAAGAAAGAGCAGUCAAAAAACUUUUUAGUCAACACAGAAAAAACUUUCAAACCGAAGUCCGCUUCUAAAUGGAGCCUCGUCCUUUCUAAAACAAGAACCUCUGUGACCUACACAGCCACUGUUAUAGCAAAAUUUACAUGUGAACUUCAAGGUUUUCUGCGUUGGGGUGGAGGAUCACACGGUAGAUAUACCAACUACCAUUACCAGUAUCUUGGUAGCGAAAAGCGUCCCACCUUUCACUACAGAUUUGGUGACUCCAGCAUUCCCUUCUACACAGCCCUGAAACGACUAAGCGAAACCAACUCGCAGCCUUGGUUGUGGAAUGACAUAAAGAACGCCCACCCGUCGGCACAAAAUUUAAUCGAUAAUUUGUGUAAUGAGAGCAGGUACAUCUUCAAAAUAACUGGCAGGUUUGAUGACGUCAUUGGCAAACACGCCGAGUUCCAAUGGGAGCCUGCUCCGUUACGCAAGCGAUCAGCCGACCGUGGCAAGGACGUGCCGGAUGUCAUACACCAGAACUCCACUCACGUCGCCAUGGCUCUGCCUAACGAUGUUCCACUGGUGAAGCUUGAGCCUCCUAAGGUCAACAUCGAGGUCGUGAACCAAGCUAAGAUUGAGAACCUCGAGUUAACUGGUUCUUAGUUAUAUACAUGGGAAAAUAGAUUAACUACAGAUCAUACAUGUCGUACCUUAGUUGUUCACUUUAUACUAUUUAAUUGUAGGUAUGAUAGGUUAGAGCCACUUUAACUAGAGGUAUUUUACAAGGGUUUAGACAUUAGUUACAAUUAGUGACGUAAAGACCGGGGUUAAAGAUUGCUACAUCACAUUUUUAUGUUUUAUUUUAUUUUAUUUAAUCAGUAUAUUUAAAUUCCUAUUUUAAUUUUUUUUUGAAAAUAAAGUAAAAAUUACCAAUAUAAGCUACCGUAUCUGAAUUCAAAUGUGUUAAUAUAUCAGAAAGAAGUAACGUGUUUCUUAAGGAAAGGGAGACAAAAACGUGGUUUUUAGCCGAGGGUUUAUGAUUUUUUUUUAAAAAGAUA